AUGGCCCCGUCAUUCCUUACCGUCAGCGCGGCCGUUCUGGCCGCCGCUUCGGCCGCCUCGGCCCGCUCAUUCCACUCGUCCCACUCAUCCCACUCGUCCCACUCGUCCCACUCGUCCUACUCCCCCUCUUCUUCCCAGUCGCCGUACCAGGUCGACGAUGUCUACGACCACACUAACUUCUUCGACAAGUGGAACUUCUACGUGAGCAACUACUCGACGGGAAAUCCGUUCGAUGUCGACCCUACCCAUGGGUUCGUUAACUAUCGCAACCGGACGGAUGCCGAGGAUCUUGGCCUGAUCAAGACAGAGCACGACGGUAUGCGGCUGGGAGUCAACGCCAAGGACAAGUUCAAGCUGGGCAAGGGCCGUGACAGUGUGCGCCUGGAGAGCAAGCAGCUGUACACCCACGGUCUCUUCAUUGCCGACUUCACGCACUUCCCAAAGCCCGUGUGCGGAUCUUGGCCCGCUUACUGGAUGUUCGGCGACCCGUUACCCACCGUCGGCAAGUUCGACAUCUAUGAGGGUUGGAACACGGCGUCCGAGAACACUAUCUCUCUGCACACCGACAAGGCCUCGACGGUGGGCUCGUGCAAGCUGCUACAGAACAACGACUUCAAGGUGAAGACGGAGAACUGCGACAACCACUUCCAGAACCCGCCUUCGCAGCACCGGGGUCAGGGCUGCGGUGCCAAGGACAAGGGUGGUCUCUGGGGCAACCCCUCCGGCGGCGUCUACGCCAUGGAGUGGAGCUCGGACAACAUCACCGUCUGGCAGUGGUCGCACCACAGCGUCCCGUCCGACGUGCGGGAUGGAAACCCCAACCCCCGUCUUUGGGGCCGCCCGGCCUUCCUCCUCAGCGGUGACAGCUGCGACAUCGACCGCGUGAUCAGCAAGCAGAAGCUGGUGCUCAACAUCGACCUCUGCGGCGACGUGGCCGGCAACCAGGGCAUCUGGGACGGCCAGGGCUGCGGCGCCAAGGCCCAGACGUGCGUCGACUAUGUCGGCGACAAUCCGGAGGCCUUUGAGGAUGUCUUCUGGAAGGUCAAGAGCAUCAAGAUCUACAAGCACCAGGGAUCCCAGUCUUCCACCACGAUCACGUCGGCCACCACCACUGCCGCAACGACCGCGACUGACACGACUAGCACCACCGAGUCCUCGUCUACUGAGACCAGCACGUCGUGGACCAGCACUGCCGAGUCUUCGUCGACCGACACCGUCAGCAUCACCAGCACCGCUGAGUCUUCGGCGACCGAGUCGAGCACAUGGUCGACUAGCACCGCUGAGUCCACGUCCACCGAGAUUAGCACGUCGUCGGCCAGCGCUGCCGAGGCCAUCAUGAGCACCGAGACGACCAGCACCGCUGAGCCCGCGAGCACCGAGGUCAGCACUGCCGAGUCGUCGACCGGGACAAGCUCAUGGUCUGCCAGCAGCGCUGAGCCUUCGACCACCGAGCUCAGCACGUCUACCAGUGCUACCGAGUUGUCGACUGAGACAAGCACCUGGUCGACCGGCACCGCUGAGCCUUCGACAACGGAGGCUAGCAGCGCCACCGAGACGCUCAGCGCCACCGGGUCGUCGACCGGGACAAGCUCAUGGUCUGCCAGCAGCACUGAGCCUUCGACCACCGAGAUCAGCAUGUCUACCAGUGUUGUCGAGUCGUCGACCGGGACAAGCACCUGGUCGACCGGCGCCGCUGAAUCCUCGAUCACGGAGGCUGGCAUCUCCGCCAGCGCCACUGGGACGUCGACCGAGACAAGCUCGUGGUCGAUCAGCACCGCUGGGCCCUCUACCGCCAAGACUAGCAGCGCUAUCGAGUCGUCAAUAGAGACUAGCGCAGCCUCGACCGUUAUCUCCAGCUCGGCGAUCGAUGCUAUCUUGACCGACGUGACCUCCUCAUGGACCAACACCUGGAUCAACCCCUCGAUGACGGCGACCGCCGCUGCUACCUUCACGGAUUCCUCUUCCACUGAGAUGAGCACCUCCACCAAAGUCUCGUCUACUGAAGCUGGCGCUUCCACUGACGCCUCGUCAAAUGAGGUUAGCACGUCUACCGCCGCUUCCGCAUCGUCUACCGAAGUCAGCACCUCGACCGAUACUUCUUCCACUGAAGUGACCACAUCCACUGAUGCCGUCUCAUCCUCAUCGUGGACCAACACCUCGGUGAACCCUUCGACCACGGCAAUCAGCACUGAUGCCGCCACGACUUCGGACUCGUCGGCGACCGAGACGAGCACUGCUAGCGACCUGGCAUCGUCGUCCACCAGCACCUGGGCUAACCUUUCGGCGACCGCAGCCAGCACUGAUGCUGCUGCGACUGACGUCUCUUCCGCCUUCGCUGAUGCCACUUCAACAAUGACCACUGCUGAUGCCACCGCAACUGACGUCACUACUGGAACCAUGACCUCCACCGAUGCUGCUUCUACUGUUGCCAGCAUCGAUGCUCCUGCAACUGACGUCUCCACGGGAACCACCACGUUUGCUAAUGUUACUUCAACUGCAACCACCGCUGAUACUACCUCGACCGGCGUAUCUACCGGAACCGCCACCUUUACCGAUGUCACUUUUACUGCGGCUAGCACAGAUGCUGCUUCCACUGCAGCUAUCACCAAUGGUGGUUCCACUGCGGCUAGCACGAAUGCUCCUGCUACUGACGCCUCCACGGGAACCAGUAUUUCCAGUAACGUCACUUCAACUGCGAGCACUGCUGAUGCCGCCGCGACCGACAUCACUACUGGAACCAUGACCUCCACCGAUGCUGCCUCUGCUGUCGUUAGCACCAAUGCCACUUCCACUAUUGCCAGCACCAAUGCUCCUGCGACUGGCGUCUCUACGGGGACCACCACGUUUGCUGAUGUCACUUCAACUGUGACCACCGCUGAUACUACCUCGACCCACGUCUUUACCGGAACCGCCACCUUCACCAAUGCCACUUCCACUGCGGCCGGCACCGAUGCUACUUUCACUGCGGCUAGCACUGAUGCUGCUGCUACUGAUGCCUCCACGGGAUCCGGUAUCUCCACUGACGUUACUUCAACUGCGACCACCGCUGAUGCUGCCGCGACCGACAUCACUACUGGAACGAUGACCUCUACGGGUGCUGCUUCCAUUGCCGCCAGCACUGAUGCUACGGGAACCACCACCUCUGUUGAUACCACUUCCACUGUGAUCACCGCUGAUGCCACCCCAACUGGCGUCUCAACUGGAGCCAGCACCUCCACCGACACCAGCACUGACGCCUCAUCUACGGAGCUGAGCACAUCGACCGAGACCAGCACUUGGGAUGCGUCCACGAGCACUGGAGUCUCUACCACGGGCUCGUCGGCUGAAACCAGCACGUCGAGCGAUGACAAGACCGCUGUCGGUCCGACAGGCACUGAUACCACGGGUAUUCCCACAAACAUUGUGUCCAGCUCGACCACCACCCACUCGACCACUUACACGGCCCCCACCUCCACCAGCGCAUCUUCCACUGCUCCCACAUGGACUGGCUCGGUCACGUCCGCCGGCAUCUGGUCCACCGCGGCUCCUUCGUUCAUCGUUAGCACCGUCACUACGACGCGCACCUACACCAUCACCUCGUGCGCCCCCGGUGUCGUCUCGUGCCCCGCCCGCGGCCAGGUGACCAGCACCGUCGAGACCUAUGUCACCACCAGCCCCGUGACAACCACGCCCGCACCCGCGACCACCAUCUCCAAGGCGCCCGAGUCGUCGGUGACGUCGACCAUCACCACUACCCGCACCUACACCAUCACGUCGUGCAAGCCCACUGUCACCAACUGCCCCGUCGGCAGCGUCACCUCCAGGGUCGAGGUCUACACCACCGUCUGCCCGGCGGGCUCGCUGCCGACCCCGUCACCCACUGGUGGCAACGGUGGCAACGGCGGUUGGAUCUGCACCGGCGCCAACUGUGGCGCCAACGGCAGCGGCAACCGCGACGACUGGACCUGCACCGGCCCCAACUGCGGCGCCAACGGUAGCAACAGCGACGGCUGGAAGUGCGACGGUCCCAACUGCGGCUCCACCGGUGGCAGCACCGACGGCUAUAAGUGUGAAGGCCCCGGCUGUCCCAAGGGCAGCACCAGCACCACCCAGUGCAGCGGUUCCAACUGCGGUAGCAGUGGCGUCACCCAAUGCAGCGGCCCCAACUGUGGCAGCAGUGGCGCCCCGCAGUGCAGUGGUCCUAACUGCGGCAGCAGUGGCGUCGCCCAGUGCAGCGGCCCCGGCUGCGGCGGCAGCUGGACCACCGUCGCCGUCCCGCCGCCCUCCAAGCCCACCGGCUCGUCGGCCGAUAGCCCGCCCGCCGCCCCCUGCUCGACCUGCUCGCCGCAGCAGCCCGCUGGCCUGAAGCCCAGCGUCUCCCUCGGCAACGGUACCUCGGCGCCGGCCAAGCCCACGCUGCCCGUUGCUGCCGGCGCGAGCACCCUUGGCGCCGCCUCGGUCACGCUCGGCUUCGUGGUUGCCGGUGCCGUGCUUGCCCUCUUCUAAGAGCUUGAUUCCUUUGUCUCUUUCUUUUGUCCAUAACGUACUAAACUUCUUGCUUGUGUUUAAAUAUCGUGUAGCUAUGUAGCUGGCCGGCGUUGUGAUAUACACCGGCAAGCAAUGUAUCCAAGUUUCAGGGGGUUUCGUGAGGCCAGAUAAUGUCUUGGAUAUACCGGUCGGAAAAAUAGAAAUACAAGCCACCUUAUACCUGAA